GUUCUUGGUCAAGUUGAAUCGUAUUUUUUAAGAUGAACUGUGUGGGUUGUUUUGGUUAUAGAAGAGGGUGGAUCCUCACCAGUGACAAAGCAGAUUUUUUUUGGUUUGUUUAUGUUUUUAUUCGUAGAACAAACCAAUGUUUGAUUUCCUCCAUAAUUAUGUUGGGAAAAGAACUCAUUUAUAUCCUUAACGUUACCGGUUAUUUAAUUUAAAAUUGUCCGAAAGCCAAUUUCAUUCCAAACUAGACACGAUUCCAGGGGAUAUUUCCCCGCAUGAAUGGCCAACAAAAGGACAUACAUUAGGGCAUCAGUAGCUGGAUAUUUCACCGGAGAAUAAUUUUGCGGUAGACUUUCUGACAUCAUUAAGUAUCAAAAGGGUCUUUUAAUAUAGAGAUUUUAGUUUACUUGAUAGAGUAAAACGGUAGAUAGGCCGUGAUAUAUUAUUAUUAGAGUAUCUUACCCUAGUAUUCUAAUACUGUAUAGUUGUGUCUUGAGACUUUUGUCCCUUCUUCUUUCACCUCAAUUAAAAAGAAGAAAAAAAAAAGACAGUAUUUAUGGAUCCUUGCCUUUUUUAGUUCAUUAUUCCCUAACCUUAGUUCAGCUGUAUUUAUAGGCUUUUAGCAGAGCGCCCCUCAUCCAAAAAUCACUUGACAAAGUUGGUACUCAUUUUUAUCUGUCGCAUUAAGAUUAGCAGUAUUGAAGUAACUAGCCAUGGUAUUCAUUAUCUUCUGAUUUCCUUUUCAUUUAUUUUUCUCUAACUUCAAAUAUCAGUGGAAAUGCAUACUCAGAAGCUGAAGUAUACGUACUUAAUGUUCAUUUUGUCCUUAAAAUCUUCUAGGAAAGACAACAACAACUUCUGGUAGGAAAGGUGGACUGGAGAGGAAGGCCAGCCAACAAAAUUAGGCAUGGAGGAACCAGAGCUGCUUGGUUUGUUCUUGGUGCAUUUAUGUUUGAAAACAUAGCAGACUUGUCCUUAGCAGUAAAUGGAAUAACAUACUUCAAUCAGAUUAUGCAUUUUGACAUUGCUGAUGCAGCUAACCAACUUACUAACUACAUGGGUACUACUUACCUUAUCACCAUCCUUGCGGCCGCCUUAGCUGAUACUUAUCUUGGCCGAUUCAGAGCUGUUCUUAUAUCAGCAUGCAUUGAGUUCUUUGGUUUAGGACUGUUAGCCAUACAAGCUUAUUAUGCCAAACUGAGACCGCCUUCCUGCAACAUCUUCGAUCCAACUGCUGAUUGUGUUCAUCUUCAUGGUGGAAAUGCUGUCUUGUUCUUUGUAGCUCUGUACAUGAUUGCAGUUGGAGGUGGAGGAAUGAAAUCUGCACUGCCAUCGCAUGGCGCGGAUCAAUUCGAGGAUGAUGACCCUAAGGAAUCAUUGCAAAGGUCAACAUUUUUCAAUUGGUUCUUACUGUAUAUCUGCAUAGGCGGUGCCAUUAGUCUAACUCUCAUCGUAUGGAUACAAGACCAUAAAGGUUGGGGCUUGGGAUUCGGUCUAUGCACAAUGACAAUGCUUGUUGGUAUAUUAGUCCUUGUUGGAGGGUUGCCACUUUAUCGUAUACACGAGGUAAAAGGAAGCAGUGCCAUCACCGAAAUCAUUCAGGUUUAUGUGGCAGCUUUUAGGAAUAGGAAUUUGCCAUUACCUGAAGAUUCUGCUAAUUUGUAUGAGAUUAGUCUAGACAAUGAAGGUAUCAUUAAUGAGGAAGAAUUCCUACCACACAGUGGCAGUUUAAGGUUCCUAGACAAGGCAGCCAUCCAAAUUUCAUCAGCAGAUUUCGAAAAACCGAAUCCCUGGAGGCUAUGCAGAGUUACGCAAGUUGAAAAUGCAAAGAUUAUGCUCAGAAUACUUCCAAUCUUCUGUUGCACCAUCAUGAUGACUGUUUGCUUGGCUCAGCUCCAAACAUUCUUUGUGGAACAAGGCACAACCAUGGACACAAGCAUCACAAAAAACUUCCAAAUCCCACCUGCUUCUCUCCCAAUCAUACCAAUCAUCUGCUUGAUCAUUGCAAUACCAGUGUAUGAUCAAAUAGUUGUUCCAUUUAUCCGAAAAUUCACCGGCAUUCCCACUGGAAUAACUUACCUGCAACGCAUAGGAGUUGGAUUAGUUCUUGCUUCAUUAUCAUUUGCUGUGGCUGCAAUCAUUGAAGUCAAGAGAAAAUCCGUCGCGCGAUCGCAUAACAUGCUGGAUGCAAUUCCAGUAGUUCAACCAUUGCCUAUAAGUGUCUUCUGGUUGGGAUUUCAGUACUUCAUAUUUGGCAUUGCUGAUAUGUUCACAUAUGUGGGAGGUCUAGAGUUUUUCUAUGCACAAGCACCCCAGAAGCUUAAAUCUGUUUCUUCUUGUUUCCAAUGGACAUCUAUGGCAUUGGGGUAUUUCUUGAGCACCAUUGUUGUCAAGAUAGUGAAUAGGGCAACAAAGAACCUGACAGCAAGUAAAGGAUGGUUGGCUGGGAACAACAUCAACAAGAAUCACUUGAACCUUUUCUACUGGUUGCUUUCAGCAUUAAGCAUACUUAAUUUUGGUGUAUAUCUCUUCUUUGCAAGAAGAUACAAAUAUAGGCCAGAUUCAGGCAUGAUGAAGAAGACCAAGGUUGACAAGUUUGAGAAAGUAGAGCCACAGAGUCAAGAAGAACUCAGUGUCAGUGCAAUGGAUAUACAGUUAUUGCCAAAGAGUACUCAAACAUUAGGUUGAGGAUUAAUGUUGAACUCAAUUUAAGAUGCUGCAAUUUAAUUAGAUGGCACAAAAGCUUAACAAGGUUGAGUCUAGUUUUUUAACUAGGCUAAAAUCUCUUAUGCAUGUAGAAUUGAUGCAAAUGGACAAGCGGUUUUACUGGUUAAUUAUCUCACUCAAUCGUUUAUUAGUUGACACGAUAAAAAUUAUUUUUUGUUGGUAUAUUACGUACUUGGUGUUUGAAAUUAUUGUUUCGACUAAUCUGAAUUCGGG